ACAGAAUCACGAAUUUGGACGGUAACGUUAUUCACUGGAACUAGCGUACUCUAUGCUUCACGCGUAGCCUUACCAAUAUGUGCAGCAGCUGUAGCUAAGGAAUUCAGUUGGAACAAAACCGAUUCAGGUACGGUAUUAUCAUGUUUCUUCUGGGGUUACGCCGUAACCCAACUGAUAGCCGGAGGAUUUGCCGAUGCUUUUGGUGGAGAGAAUAUUUUACCGAUAUCUAGCCUUACAUGGAUAGUGUUGACAUUUUUUACACCACAACUUUUUGAUUUUGCUUAUUGGUGUGGAUUUCCGCUGAUUGUACUACUAUUGACCAGAAUCCUGACUGGAAUUGGACAAGCAUUCCAUAUUCCUUCCAUGGCAUCAAUGGUUAGUCGCCAUCUAACUGCGGCGGACAAAGGACGAGUUUUUGGCAUUAUUCUAGCUGGAUCUCAUUGCGGGUGA